CAUGUUUCCAUUUGUUCUCCUCAUUCUCUGUCGGGGGAGGUGUUUACAACUUGAAUACACCCACAGAGAGGCAGCAGAGAGAGGUGGAACUGAGCAGAGUUGAAAUGUGGAGCUGAGGAAACAACAAACACCGGAGAGAAGAGAGAUUUGUGACAUUUGAGCUGAGCGCUGUUCAACGACAAGAAGAGAUGAGGAAACUUGUAUUUCUGCUCAGUGUUGUUCUGUGCAUAAGUGGCACACUUCAAAAAAGGGGUAAACAGAGGAUGAAAAGGCAGAACAGCUCUGACUCUGCCUUCCCUAUGCCCAGAACAUUCAAUGCGGACCUCAUCACUAAGACAGUUGUCCAAAAUGGGACUCAGGCUCUCAAUUCAUCUCCUUCUCAUCCAGCUCUGACGUUACGAAGCAACAGCACAGCAGGGUACCUCAACAGCGCUCUCAGCACCCGGGUCAUCCCCAUUAUUUAUAUCCUGGUGCUUGCUGUCGGUAUCCCGGCCAACGCUGCCAUCUUGUGCACGUUGGCCUCUAAAAUUAGGAAGGUGUCCUCUGCCAUUCUGUACUGCAGCCUGGCUGUCUCCGACCUCUUCCUCCUCCUCUCCCUCUUCUUCAAGGCUCACUACCAUUUCUAUGGAAACCACUGGGUUCUCGGAGAAGCCGCCUGUCGAGUGGUCACGGCCUGUUUCUAUGGCAACCUCUACUGCUCGGCCCAGACGUUGGCCUGCAUCAGCAUCAAGCGCUACCUGGCUGUAGUGCACCCGUUCAAGUACAAAUCCCUGCCCAAGAGGAUGUGCACUGCCUGGGUCACGUUUGCCGUGUGGGCGGUGUUUGGAGCCGCCAUUGUCCCUGAACUCCUCGUCCAGCAGAGCUACUGGCUCCCUGAGCUGGAACGCUUCACCUGCCAUGAUGUAUUGCCUCUGGACAAUGACUCCCAUAUGUUCCUGCUCUACUACAACCUGAUCCUGACCAUCUUCGGCCUCCUGCUGCCGCUGGUGAUCACUGUUGUGUGCUUCAUACGAAUCGUUUGUGAGCUCAACCAGUCACACAACGACUGGUCAUUAUACAUCAAGGCCAGCUCACUGGUGUUUGCCAUCUUCCUGCUGUGUUUUACCCCUGCUGGUGUCUUGCACUUCCUCCAUUACGUGCAGCUGUUUGUGGACAGAACAGAGACUCUGUACGAGUACUUUAAUGUGGCGGUGUGUUUGUGUUGCCUCCAUGCCUGUCUAGACCCUUUCCUCUUUCUCUUGAUGUCCAAAUCUGCAGGCUCCAGCCGAUACUUCAGGGCCUUUAAAGGCAAGACCCUGAGCAUAUCUGUUUAAGAGACUCAUGAUGCCAAAAUCUGAUCAUCAUACAGAGACAAUUUAAUCAAUUUAGAAACUCCGACUAACCUAACCUCAAUCUGCAUUUUUUAAGAUUGUGAAAGUUAAUCUAACAAACAGGACAGAAAUUUCUUUGACUAAUCAACCUGUUAGUUAUUUGGAAAUCUGAUAGUCAGGGUUGGGUUUGAAUCCAAGAGCACAUGUGGGCCAAGUGAAAGUUCCAACAGUCCGGGGAGGUUACCCCUGGAGGCUUGAAAUGUUUAACUCCAUAAAAACAGAGACUUUGGGUAACUCAUGGCACUAGACUGAAGCCGGUCCAGUUCAGUUUUACUUGCCAAGGUUGAAGUGGCGUAUGCUGAAAAUAACAGCCACUUCUCACCAUAUUUAGCUCCAAAACAUUAAGUGAGUAUUUCUUAAAGUCAUUUUUUUCUCCCAGAUUUUCCUCAAUAUUUGUCAUAUUUAGCUUUUUUAUAAAAAAAACCAAAACAAAUUGAAGAUAAUGUCAAUGUUAAAUCUAAAUGUUGAAUUUAAAUGUAAAUGUUGGAAUGUAAUUUAGAUUAAGAUUCAACAUUCAGGUUUAGAAUUAUAAUUCAAGAUUGGGGUUUAUAUAUGAUAUUAGUAUUUAGUUACUUUUUCACCUUAAAAUAAUAAGUAAUCACCACAGUUAUCUCAUGGGAAGUUUUUAACGCGUAUUACUUCAAAUAAGUAACGUUUUGUCUAAUGCAUUUUCUUUGUGUAUUUUCAUUUAUAUUUUGUAGUUGAAUUGGGGGGAAAGGUUUUUUGGGGCUGGAAUCCAAAAAUAAAGUAAAAGGACCUCCACUGCAUUGUGCAAACAAGAGUUGGACUUGAUUCUUGUGACAUCAUUUAGAUAACGUCUUCUUGUACAUAGGACUAUAGUUUUGUGUCUGAUUGUCUGUGACAGAGGGAAUGAGCAGACAAAUUCUAAAUAUGCGAUAAAAGAUAAAUUAUAUAAAUGUUUUAAUAACACACAACAGUUAAUGGGUUUAUUUUGUGGUUUAACAACAAAAGUCCAAUGUUUUAGGCCUAUUGCUUUUCCCUCUGUAGAUAUUCGAGAAAAAUUACACAAAAAUAACUUCAUCCUCAUGUGGGGAGUAUUUACAAUAAGCUUGAAAUAUGUUACUUACCAUAUACAAUGUGAAACAGGCUGACUUUAGGAAAUAAGUCUCCCAAACUUUUGUGUAUUCCUGUAAUCAUAUAUACAGUGCUGUCCGUUCAAUAAAAUCUAAACUAUCUCCAA